UGUCUUCGUACUACGGUAUAUCCCCGUCACACCGUUCCAUUCCGUUUCGUCUCGAGCUCACUUAGUGGCCCAUCUUUUGGCGUUUGCUCUUGCUUGGGGGCUUUGAACUUUAAUCGAGCACGCAAUUCUUGGAGGGUGAGAGUUUGAUUGGAACCCCUUUGUUGGGGACUGAAAUUUUUCAUCCUUUCUGUGAAGAUUAAUUUCGGUGUUCUUUCUUUUUCUUUGGUUAAUUGGGUCUUGAAAUUCUGAAAAGGAUUGGUGGAAAAGAAAGUUUGAGUGCGCUAGCUACCGUCGGUUUCUUUCUUUAUCUUCGAUAAAGCUUUUUGGAAGGGGAUUUUUGGGCAAAAAUACUCAAAACCCAGGUUCGAGAAGCGAAAGCUCUGUAAUCCACUCAAUAUUUCGGUUAAUUAUCCAAGUAUGCAUCCCGAUGAUCAGCGUUGGCAGCCGUUGUUGGAGGAGGAAGAUGAAGAAACUGCUUACAAUUUAACGGAGAAGGUUGUGGUUGUUGGGAUCGACGAAGCGGAGUCCGAUUUGGAUGUGGGUUUGCCGCCGUUUUCAUGGAGGAAGCUCUGGCUGUUCACGGGGCCUGGGUUUUUGAUGAGUAUAGCGUUUUUAGACCCUGGGAAUUUGGAGUCCAAUCUUCAGGCUGGUGCUAUAGCUGGGUAUUCUUUGUUGUGGCUUCUGUUGUGGGCUACAGCCAUGGGGCUUUUGAUCCAGUUGCUCUCGGCCAGGCUUGGUGUUGCCACUGGCAAGCACUUGGCCGAGCUUUGUAGAGAAGAGUACCCGUCUUGGGCGAGAAUUUUGCUGUGGGUCAUGGCAGAGUUAGCCCUCAUUGGGGCUGAUAUACAGGAAGUUAUUGGGAGUGCUAUUGCUAUUAAGAUUUUGAGUAAUGGGGCUUUGCCUCUUUGGGCUGGAGUUAUAAUCACUGCUUUUGAUUGUUUUAUCUUCCUGUUUCUUGAGAACUAUGGUGUGAGGAAACUUGAGGCUGUUUUUGCUGUUCUUAUUGCUACUAUGGCACUCUCAUUUGCUUGGAUUUUUGGUGAAACUAAGCCAGAUGGGAAGGAGCUUCUAUUGGGUAUUUUGAUUCCAAAACUUAGCUCCAAGACAAUUAAACAGGCAGUAGCUGUUGUGGGGUGUAUCAUUAUGCCUCAUAAUGUGUUUCUUCACUCCGCUCUCGUGCAGUCACGAGACGUCAAUCCGAGCAAGAAAGGGCGGGUUCGAGAAGCUCUUAGAUACUAUUCCAUUGAGUCCACUCUUGCUCUUUUUGUGUCCUUCAUCAUCAACUUGUUUGUUACAACUGUAUUUGCUAAAGCUUUCUAUGGCACAGACAUAGCUAGUAGCAUUGGUCUUGUAAAUGCAGGGCAAUAUCUUCAAGAUAAAUAUGGUGGAGGGCUCUUCCCCAUUUUGUAUAUCUGGGCUAUUGGUUUGUUAGCUGCUGGCCAAAGUAGCACCAUCACUGGUACCUAUGCAGGACAGUUUAUCAUGGGUGGCUUCUUGAACUUGAAGUUGAAAAAAUGGCUCAGAGCUUUGAUUACUCGAAGCUUUGCGAUUGUGCCAACUAUGAUUGUCGCUCUCGUGUUCGAAACUUCUGAUUCGAUGGUCGAUGUUCUUAAUGAAUGGCUCAAUGUCCUUCAGUCAAUUCAGAUACCCUUUGCUCUGAUUCCUCUUCUCUGUUUGGCUUCCAAGGAACAUCUAAUGGGCAGUUUCAGAAUUGGCCCCAUUUUAAAGCUGUCCUCUUGGCUAGUGGCAGUCUUGGUGAUGGCCAUCAACGGGUAUCUUUUGGUGAGCUUCUUCUCAUCAGAAGUGAACGGAGUAAUCGUUGCCAUUUUCGUGUUCGUCUUCAUCGCUGCAUAUCUCUCCUUUGUCGUUUACCUCGUCUAUCGAAGCAUCUCGUUUUCAAGUUGGCACAGCUUCAUUAACCGGAAGACUUCCACGGACAACGAAAACUGAGUGAUCAUUAGAUUUCAGAUCGAAAAUUGUCGAAUACUUGCAUAUUCCUUGAGCAUCUGUUAGAACACAUCCCAGGAGUAACAUAUCAAUAUGAUUUGACAUGUUUUUCUUUGAGAAAAUUUCACUUUUUCUGUAGACUGUAAAGUUUAUGCAGUCUUGUUAGUCUUAGGAUAUAUUAAUGUCAUUCAGGUGUUGUGAACUCUCUUGGCACUGUUAAUCAUAUUUACAUCACUCAGUGCUGAUCUGAUACUGAAACCCGACAGCGAAUCAUUAAAGUAUGUUCAUUUUAUACGGUCAAUUGAUCUGAUUGAG